CAAACCUGAACGCUUCCUGCUGUCGAAGGCAACCCGGGAGUACGUCCAAUAACUCCGCCCUUGGAGCCCACGAUCCUGUACCGUCACAAGAGCAAUUCUGAAAGAAAAUGAAUAGAUCUCUUCAUCUCUCUGAAUCCUUCGUCAUCAGUUGUGGCACAGUUACCCUCGAUAUCGAUCAAUCUAAAGUCCUCGUCAUCUACUUGAGAAAAACAGGUGAAUAUUGCCUUCCAAAGGGGAGAAAAGAUGUGGGGGAACAGCUCGAAGCAACAGCCGUUCGCGAGACGUACGAAGAAACAGGAUACACCAUUGAGCUACUACCCCUUCAGUUGACCACCCUUGCUACCCUCCACGGGAAUGAUGAUGUCCGAUCUGCGAUACCUGGAGGGACAACGGAACCCGUCGCUGUGACGCAAAGGACGACUCAGGGUGUGCUGAAGAUCAUCUUUUGGUAUGCGGCACGAGGCGAUUCUUGCGCCAUACCCCAGAUGAAUACGACAGAACAAGACGACGAGGAUUUUGAUGCCGUCUGGUGUCCAAUGGAUGAAGUAGUUCGGUUGUUGACAUUCCAUGAUGACAAAACGAUCACUGCAAGGGUCAUCGAGGCAGCUCGUGGUGGGGGAAGUGGAUCUAAGAGAAAUUGUGCCGUAUCUACAUAAUCUACUAUUCUGACAGAAGGCGCGCCUUCGGCGACAAUGCG